AAUUGAUAAUUGCCUCGCUCACAUCCUUUUGUUUCAUCUUUACUCUCUCUAUCAAACCAAAAGCCCUACUCUCUCCCCCUCAGUCGCAAUGGAUGUUUUGAUGAAACACAACCUCCUCAAAAGCUUCAUCUUCUCUCUCAUUCUCACUCUCAUCUUCCUUAUCGCUCCAUCAGCAUCAUCAUCGAAUCAACAAACAAGAGUAUCUACACAAAAGACAGAACCCUAUCUCGACGGCGACGAAUCACCGCACCAACUCGUCUACAUCAAGAAAAUGACGCCGUUUAUCUUGAACCCGCGGCAACGUGAUAAGCACCGUCGUCUUCGUUACAACCACCACUACUACUACUACCGCCAUAGUAUUCGUCGCCGUGGUCUUCGUCACCGUGCCAACUACUUCAAGAUGAUGACCAAGAAAAACAGUAACGGUUUUAACCGUCCGGUCCGACCGGAUACUUUCUCUGCUAUGCUUCCCAAAGGAUUCGUACCUCCUUCCGGUUCAUCUCCUUGCCAUAACCAGAACCCUAAUUCCGCUACCACUCUCUUCUGCGAUCUUUCUACACAACCUUAGAGUUCUCCACAAAUCGGACUUCAAGAUUCUUUAAUCACCGUACGAGAUACGAUUUUGUUCUUCCACUUUUGUAAUUUUUACCUUUGAAUGAGAGAUAUUCGUAAUGAUCGAUGCAUUGUUUUCACUGUCCAAUGUAUAAAAGUAAUUCGUAUAUAUAUUUUCUUUUUGUCAUUGCAUUUAUGU